AGCCAUGAGGAAGACGCGGGUGUCAUCUGCAAGGAUGAGCGCAUCCCAGGCUUCAAGGACUCCAAUGUCAUUGAGACAGAGCAGAGCCACGUGGAGGAGGUCCGCCUGCGGCCGGUGGUGUCGGGGGCGCGGCGGCAGCUGCCGGUGACAGAGGGCAUCGUGGAGGUGCGCUACAAGGACAGCUGGGCACAGAUCUGUGACGAGGGCUGGGACAGCCACAACAGCCGCGUCAUCUGCGGCAUGAUGGGUUUCCCGGCUGAGAAGAAGGUCAACAGGAACUUCUACAAGCUCUUCACAGAGCGGCAGCAGCUCAACUACCGCCUGCACUCAGUGUCAUGCACGGGGACAGAGGUGCAUCUCUCCAUGUGCACCUUCGAGUUCUACCGAGGCAAUGCCUCGGCUGCCUGCAGGGCCGGGAUGCCCGCCGUCGUCAGCUGCCUGCCCGGGCCCCUCUUCGCUGCUGGGAAUGCCCACAAGAAGAAACAGCGCCAGCAGCAGCAAGGCCAGCCCCGGAUCCGGCUGAAGGGCGGCGCGAGGGUCGGCGAGGGCCGUGUCGAGGUGCUCAAGAGCAGCGAGUGGGGCACGAUCUGUGACGACCGCUGGAACCUGCUGUCGGCCAGCGUGGUGUGCCGGGAGCUGGGCUUCGGCAGCGCCAAGGAGGCCCUCACCGGGGCACGCAUGGGCCAAGGGACGGGACCCAUCCACCUUAACGAGGUGCAGUGCCAGGGCACCGAGAAGUCUCUCUGGAGCUGCCCCUUCAGGAACAUCACGCAGGAGGACUGCAAGCACACGGAGGACGCAGCUGUCCGCUGCAACAUCCCCUACAUGGGCUACGAGAACCUGAUCCGCCUGGCCGGCGGGAGGACGGUGUUCGAGGGCCGCGUGGAGGUGAAGCGAGGCAGUAAGUGGGGCACGGUCUGCAGCGAUGGCUGGACCACAAAGGAGGCCAUGGUGGCCUGUCGUCAGCUCGGCCUGGGCUACUCCCUGCAUGCGGUGACGGAGACGUGGUACUGGGACGCCAGCAACGUGACAGAGAUGGUCAUGAGCGGGGUGAAGUGCGCCGGCCACGAGAUGUCCCUGAGCCACUGCCAGCACCACGGCACCAGCCUGAGCUGCAGGAACACGGGCACGCGCUUCGCCGCGGGCAUCAUCUGCUCCGAGACUGCCUCCGACCUGCUGCUGCACGCGCCACUGGUGCAGGAGACGGCCUACAUCGAGGACCGGCCGCUGCACAUGCUGUACUGCGCCGCCGAGGAGAACUGCCUCUCCAGCUCGGCCCGCCUGGCCAACUGGCCCUAUGGGCACCGCCGCCUGCUCCGCUUCUCCUCCCAGAUCCACAACCACGGCCGUGCCGACUUCCGCCCCAAGGCUGGCCGGCACUCCUGGGUCUGGCACGAGUGCCACCGGCACUACCACAGCAUGGACAUCUUCACCCACUACGACAUCCUGACGCCCAACGGCACCAAGGUGGCUGAGGGACACAAGGCCAGCUUCUGCCUGGAGGACACCGAGUGCGAGGAAGAUGUGGCCAAGCGGUACGAGUGUGCCAACUUCGGGGAGCAGGGCAUCACUGUGGGCUGCUGGGACCUGUACCGGCAUGACAUCGACUGCCAGUGGAUCGACAUCACUGACGUCAAGCCAGGCAACUACAUCCUGCAGGUUGUGAUCAACCCCAACUUCGAGGUGGCAGAAAGUGAUUUCACCAACAACGCCAUGAAAUGCAACUGCAAGUACGACGGGCACCGCAUCUGGGUGCACAGCUGCCACAUCGGAGAUGCACUCAGCGAGGAGGCCAACAAGCGGUUUGAGCAGUACCCAGGUCAGCUCAACAACCAGAUUUCAUAGGGGCCCGGACCCCAGAGAGAUGGGCAUCUCCCUCCCUCACCCCGUACGGGUGGGAGGAAGCCCCUGGGGGCUGGCAGGGAGGCCUCUUGCCCGGCACUGCUGCUGCUGGGGACUGCCCAGGACUUGCCACCGGCUGCCCUUCCCCACCUUGGGGGGCUGGUGCUGGAGGCACCGACACCUGCACCUCCCAGCCCGGGGCCGCCACCCCAACCACUGGCCAGAAGACCGUGCCCACGUUCCCUGGGCUGCGGCACACGGGUACGGUCUGGGAGGUCCUGCACCCCCCACCGCUCCAGUCCUUCCCAUUCCAGCAGUACCCCACCUCCCACUCCUCCCUUUCAGCCCUGGUUCCUCUCACUCCACAUCCCUCCCCACAGCUCAACCCCUGCGCUGGUCCCAGGACCCACCCUCCAUGCAGGGACCCAUUCCCCUGCCUGGCCUCAGGAGCCCCUGGUCCACAGGGAUGGUGAGGGUACCCCUGGCUCACAGCGCUGCCCAGGGGUGGCUCAUACCCCAUC